CCGACACCCCCUUCGGCCAGGUGAAGCUCGGUGAACUGGGGUCAUGGCUGGGACGUCGCAGCAUUGGGGGCAUCCCAAGUGCUAUCUCCCGUGCUUGGUGGAGAUGGCAGCACAAGUAUGUCCAGCCUAAGAAGACUGGCAUUGCCCCCUUCCUGCAGCUGAUGGUGGGGUCCAUGGCUUUCUUCUAUAUGAUCAACUACGGCAAAAUGGUUCACCACAGGAACUACAAGUACCACUAAGGCAUCAGCAGCCAAGCUCCUUCAUCACCAGUGCUAUCCCAGUCCAGCCACCAGUGGACAAGUACAGGGAAUGCCAUUUGUAAUCAUAUUUUAGAAGAGGGAAAAAGAACUUGUGUACUGACUCCUCCAAAAUUACCAGGCUGCUGCUUGUUUAUUGGCUGCCUGUGAAAUAAAACAUCUUUUUGAAUGUAUAAACUUGUAAAUGACCUAAGUACCAUGUAUCUUUAUGUAUAAAAUAAUAAAAAGUUGAAAUAUAC